UUUCAUCUUCAAAACAAAAAAUCUUUCCUUCCAUCUCUCAAAAAAGAAAAAAAAAACAGUCCUUCCUCUGCUGCUAUCUUUCUUCCUUCUUCCACAAAUUUUGGUUUUGGUCUUCAUUGUAGGCUCGGUGUGAUCAAAAUGAUUCAGAUCGAUUGAAGCAAUGAAAGGAUUGAAGCUAUGAAAGGUGCGAAUUCGCUGUCAUCUUUAACAACUUCGUCAUCUAAAUGGUUUUAUGGAGCCUCCAAUCACGCUCCAAGUUCACCUGCGUCUUCGUCAAUGCGUAGGAAGCCGUAACAGUUAUAUCUAGAGGUUGUACCAUUGGAUUCUCAUAAAACUAAAUAAAAUGUAACUGUGACGGUUCGAUUUUGGUCUUUCAAAUCUACUUCACACAUUUAGCUAUUUGCCGCGGGAUCUUAAUUUCAUCGAUCAUACCAGUGACAUUGGAUGGAAAGAUCAUCAACGUGGAAGGCCUAUAAUUGCUGAUCCGGGGUUGGACAUGAAUAAGAAGCAAGAUGUGUUUUGGAUUACACAGGAGAAGUAGACCAGCUGCUUUCAAGUUUUUCACAGGCACAAAACUAUGUUGGCUUUUUACAACAGCAGGCCACUCCUCAUCGGAAAUCAGAAAGAGCGUACAAAAUGCACCUUCUGUGUGCCAAUUUGAUGCAGGACGUUCUCCAACGAGUCUUAAUAAUUUGGUAAUUCAGCUUAGGAAAGUCUGUAACCAUCCUGACCUCUUAGAAUCAGUCUUUGAUGGUUCAUAUUUUUAUCCUCCUGUGAAUGAGAUAAUUGGAAAAUGUGGUAAAUUUCAAUUGGUCGACCGAUUGCUGGAGCGGCUAUUUGCACGGAAUCACAAGGUUCUGAUCUUCAGUCAGUGGACCAAAGUGCCAGAUAUAAUGGAUUAUUAUUUUAGUGAAAAGGGUUUCAAGGUUUCCAGGAUUGACGGUUCGGUGAAGCUGGAUGAUAGGAAACGGCAGAUAAUAUGGCAUGAAGUUGGUGAGUCUGAGUCUGAAGAAGAUAGGAUGGUGUAUGAGCUUGAACAAGAAUGUCUAGAAGUAUACAGAAGAAAGGUAGAUAAAGCAAAUUGCUCUAGAGCUCAACUUAGGCAACAAAUUGCUGAUUCCGAGGCAAACUUAUAGCUAUUUGUUCUGAAAUGGGAGAGCGACCUGUACAUAGUAGACAAGUCGGAUAUUUUAUAGUAUUGUAUUGUUUACUCUUUUCUCACUUUCUGCUCUAGAUUCUAAUUUGAACAUCAUUGUUAUACUUGAUUCUAAGCAAAUCAAGUGAAGCAUACUGAAACAUACUGUAAUCUUUGUUUGAAGCAUAUUGAAACAACCUUUCAUUGUUCUUUGACUGCACUUAUGCUAUCAUAAUAUGGAACUGGCUUUUUGCUACUCUCAAUCUCAACCUGCAUUUCAAUAUUAUUAUCAUUGUGCGCCUCCAAUGUUGGUGCUGAGAACAAAAAUGCCUCCAUCUGCAAGCACUGGAGGAAAUGGUCCAUCUUAUCAAUUUAAGUAGUAUUUCUUGAAGAAUUAGUAAUAUUAAUCAUGUCGCUUUAUAUUUUUGUUUUCAAAGCAUUAGAGUGGUUCUAUUCUGAGUUGAGAAAUGUACUCUAUUGGUUGUGUGUACUUUUUAGCACUUUAGUGAUUUGAUGAUUAAGUAAUCAACAAAUUGUGAGAUGUACUCUUAUUAGUUGCCUUAUGUACUUUCUGCUACCAAGUUGGGUAUUAAGGAAAAAUUAUCAUUAUCUUUGGUAUAA